GCCGGCCUGCGGGACGACGGUCGCGGCCUGAUGACGUCGCACAAUGGCCGGCCCCCGCGGGUAGUGGAGCCCGUUUGUUCCGCCCGCGUCGCGCCUCAAGCCGGAGGCUGUGAAGAGCGGAAGGGCCGAGGGACGUCUUCCCCGCGCUGCCCCAACCCCAGCGGAGCAGUGGCCCCCUCCCCGCUCUCGCGCUGAGAACUGUGGGUACUGAUGGAUGUGGCCGAGAGCCCUGAACGGGACCCUCGCUCUCCAGAGGACGAAGAGGAGCAGCAGGGGCUCUCGGACGAUGACAUCCUGAGGGAAAGUGGGUCUGAUCAGGAUUCAGACGGAGCUGGGGGGAGGGCUUCUGACUUGGAAGAUGAGGAAAAUGCUGCCCCAGGACUGAGCCAGGAGGAGGAGGAGAGCCGCUCUGACGAGGAGGCCCAGGAGCAGCGCGGGGGCCCUGCCGGACCCGCGCCCGGGGAGGAGGGGGUCUGCCAGGAGGAGGACCACACGCGCGAGCUGCGGGACGAGGCCUCGUCGGUCACCAGGGAGCUGGACGAGCAUGAGCUCGACUACGACGAGGAGGUCCCCGAGGAGCCGGGCUCUGCCGCACAGGAGGAGGAGGCCGAGAAGGCAGGGGCCGAGGAGGAGGAGGAGAAGGGAGAGGGGGCGCCCGGAGGGGAGGGCAGGGCCGGCGUCCACAGUGUGGAGGACAAGGAGCCCCCGGAGGCUUGCAAGGAGAAGAGAAGGGAGGAUGACGACGGCGAGAUCGACGACGGCGAGAUCGACGAUGACGAUCUGGAAGAGGGCGAAGUAAAGGACCCCAGUGACAGGAAGGUGAGGCCUCGUCCCACCUGCCGAUUCUUCAUGAAAGGGAACUGCACCUGGGGAAUGAAUUGCAGGUUUAUACACCCCGGCGUCAACGACAAGGGCAACUACUCCCUCAUCGCCAAAGCCGAGCCCUUCCCGCCUAAUGGUGCCCCGCCUCCAGGGCCUCACCCACUGAUGCCUGCCAGCCCUUGGGGCGGGCCAGUAGUGGAUGAGCUUCUGCCUCCGCCCCCUCCGGAGCCCCCCACCGAGAGUGCCUGGGAACGAGGACUCCGGCACGCCAAGGAGGUUUUAAAAAAAGCAACCAUUCGAAAAGAACAGGAGCCUGAUUUUGAAGAGAAAAGGUUUACGGUGACCAUUGGUGAAGAUGAACGGGAAUUUGACAAAGAAAAUGAAGUUUUCCGAGAUUGGAAUUAUCGAAUCACAAGGGAUGUCAGAGACACAACGCUGGAGCCUUAUGCGGAUCCUUACUAUGACUAUGAAAUAGACCGGUUCUGGCGCGGGGGGCAGUAUGAGAAUUUCAGAGUGCAGUACACAGAAACAGAACCCUACCACAAUUACCGGGAAAGGGAGCGAGAGCGCGAGCGGGAGAACCGGCAGCGGGAGCGCGAGCGGGAGCGGGAGCGGGACCGAGAGCGGGAGCGCCGGCAGCGGGAGCGCGAGCGGGAGCGGGAGCGCGAGCGGGACAAGGAGCGGCAGCGGCGGAAGGAGGAGUGGGAGCGGGAGCGGGCCAAGCGCGACGAGAAGGAGCGGCAGCACCGCGACCGCGACCGGGACAAGGAGCGCGAGAAGGAGAAGGAGAAGCCGAGGCCGCGCUCCCCGCAGCCGCCCAGCCGUCAAGCUGAGCCACCAAAGAAGGAUGCCACCUCUGCAGGGCCCCAGGUGAAGCGGGCGGAUGAGUGGAAGGACCCGUGGCGCAGGUCCAAGUCUCCCAAGAAGAAACUUGGGGUGUCUGUCUCCCCAAGCCGGGCACGAAGGCGUCGGAAAACAUCAGCCUCAUCAGCCUCCGCCUCCAACUCCUCCAGGUCAUCAUCACGGUCCUCGUCCUAUUCUGGCUCCGGUUCGUCCCGGUCCCGGUCCCGGUCCUCGUCCUACAGCUCCUACUCCAGCCGGUCUUCCAGACACAGCUCCUUCUCGGGAAGCCGGUCCAGGUCCCGGUCCUUUUCCUCUUCCCCAUCGCCGUCUCCAACGCCGUCGCCACACAGACCUUCUAUCAGAACCAAGGGGGAACCAGCCCCGCCUCCUGGGAAAGCAGGGUCUGACCCUGCCUCCGUCUUGAUCAGAGAGAAGCCCGUGAAGAAGCCGGCUGCCCCUCCGGUCCCAGCACAGGCCCCCAAAGCCACCGCUCCAGCCCCGGAGCCAGCCAAGCCCGGGGACCCGCGGGAGGCCAGGAGGAGGGAGCGGCAGGCCAGGUCGCCCCCCAGGAGACGGACCUUGAGCGGCAGUGGGAGCGGCAGCAGCUACAGCGGCUCCAGUUCGCGAUCCAGGUCCCUGAGUGUGAGCAGCGUCUCCUCGGUGUCCAGCGCCACGUCCAGUAGUAGUUCCGUGCACACCGUGGACUCGGACGACAUGUACGCAGACCUGGCCAGCCCCGUGUCCUCAGCCAGCUCGCGGUCCCCCACCCCAGCCCAGCCCAAGAAGGAGAAAGGAAAAUCUAAAAAAGAGGAUGGUGUGAAAGAAGACAAGCGGAAAAGGGGGUCGUCCACGCAGCCACCCAAACCCGCAAAGUCUUCUGCAGGCGGCAGACCCUCCCAGCAGCCCACACCCCCCCAGCAGGCGACCCCCGGGCAGCCCCAGCAGGGUGCAUUCAUCGCCCAUAAGGAGAUCAAGUUGACGCUGCUGAACAAGGCAGCUGAUAAAGGCAGCAGGAAGCGAUACGAGCCUUCCGACAAAGACAGGCAAAGCCCUCCAGCCAAGCGAGCUAACUUAUCCCCAGACCGAGGUUCCCGGGACCGGAAGUCCAGUGGGAGACCUGGCUCCCCAAAGCCUGAGCGGCAGAGAGGCCAGAAUUCCAAGGCACCCGUGGCCGCACCAGACAGGAAGCACCAGGUGUCGCCUCAGCCCAAGAGCUCCAGCAAGGUCACCAGUGUGCCCGGCCAGGCCCCAGACACCGGGGCCAAGGCCGGGAGAGCCAGCACGCUGUCGCGGCGGGAGGAGCUCCUGAAGCAGCUCAAGGCCGUGGAGGAUGCCAUCGCUCGCAAGCGGGCCAAGAUCCCCGGGAAAGUGUAGCAGGGCCUGCGGUUCGCUCCCGACCCGAGUUAGAGACUCAUGUGUUUUUAUAAAUAGCGUAAGCGCAGCCAUUUUGGAUUUUGCAGUUAAUGUCUUAUUUUGGCUGUGAAUCUUUUUAAAAAUUAAAAAAGAAAAAAAAGUUUCUCAGCUGGAAAAGAAGCCACAAUGUAAUGAAGAUGACGCUGAAUCCCAGCCUUCUCCUGGCCAAACGGAACCAGCCCUGCCCAGAGCGGACGUCCCGCGAGGCAGGCAGACGGGCUGGCUGGCAGCCGCAAGCGAGGACACAGCACCGUUUCGUGUAAAUUAUAAGUCCUGACACCCAGGCCAGCCUGCCCGUACUUUGCCCCUCUGCUGGUCAGCACAGUCCCAGGGGACGUCCUUGCCGUGCGCUCUCACUGCAACGGGGACACCGUGCUUCAGAGCAGGCCCCCCAUUCCUGCCCAUCCCCAGGAUCAAAAUAUAUAUAUAUAUAUAUUCUUGACUAAAGUCUGAUUGGGAAAUACUUCCUGUCUUUUAUUUUAAGCAUCAAAUUGUUCUAGUUGAUUUAAAAAGGAAAAAAGUGCAGAAAAGACCAAAAAAAAGGUCAAGGGUAUUGGGCAUCUGUCUGGUGUGGAGGGUCUUUUUUGAGGGUCUCCCAAAAUAAAGUAUUUUGAUAAGCA